GGUGAUAGUUUAGUGGGGAGAAGUGAACAUCUCUGUUCUUGGGGCAAAUUCACAUUCCUCAAACCAGUGAGAGUUUCAGUCUUUCAGACGACUGACCUAGAUUGUGGAAUCCUAAAUUCUAUCGAUAAAUGAAGGAUUGAAAGUAAGGCUUUGAAAAAUUAGAAAUCGUACGUGCGUUGACGAUGGAUUCGCUUUUAGUCCAGAGAAGGAUAAAAUUGGAUUUCUAUGGCGUUUCGUUUCUGCUGCUACAGAUCGUGGCAUGUUUAAAUCGUUUACUCCCAUUAGCGUCUGCAAAAUCGGAUGGAGUUUGUGUAUCUCCUGGAGGUAGGUUUCCAGCAUAUUCAAUUCAAGGGAAGCCUCCAAGAAAAGUCAACAAGGGUCCAAAUGAUUUGACUCUUUGUAGAAUCUUCCGGAAGAAAACAUGUUGUGAUGUCACACAAACUCAUCCUGCCUUGCUGGCAAUUAGGAGAUUGGCUUCAACUGGAGAGGCGAGUGAUGAAUGCUUGCAUUUAUGGGAGCUUCUAGAAUGUUCUAUUUGUGAUCCACAUGUUGGUGUACAACCUGGAUCACCUGUUAUAUGUGGCUCUCUUUGUGAUAGGAUUUAUGAUGCUUGCUCUAAUGCCUACUUUGCUAUGGAUGCCAAGAAUCAGGUGUUGGCUCCAUGUGGAAUGAGUGACACUGUUUGUGGAAGAGCAUCUGAAUGGGUGAUAAAUGGAACAGAGCUUUGCAAAGCUUCUGGGUUUUCUGUGAAGCCAUCUAAUGAUUUUAAAGAUACAUUUUGUUAUGGUGGAAAAGCAAGUCUAGAAUCUGUUGUGGAUUCAUGGCGGAGUUCACAAUCCAGUGUCACUCGGACCACCCAAAGUUCCGGUGUACUCCAUCAUUUUCAGCAGUGGGUCCGCCAAAUGCCCAUUAAUGAACAAGUUUCAUGGGCUGUUGGAGGAUUAGUUCUUACUGCAGGGCUUCUCUUUGUAAGCAACCUCUUAUCCUUUUGGACAUAAGCGUAUAAGAGUAUCAGAAUAAAAAAAGAGGCGUAUUUCCAUCCUCCAUCCCUCCCACCUUCUCCAACUCGUACACCAUUGGCUCCAUCACCUCCACCCUCCUCUCUAGUCGUCGCUGUCACCCCUAAACCACCUCCAGCCAACACCUCCCUUUAACCCUUCGCCGACGAUAUGUAAUUUUUUUUCUUGCCUUAUCCCGCUCAUAUGUGCUCCUUCGUGAACUCACCCCUCCAUAUUUUUCCUGCUCUACCGUUAUGCUCUCAUUGCUUUGUCGUCGACUGUCAUCUUCUCUCGUUUAUCUCCUUAAUUUCAGGUAAUCUUCCCUCUUGAAUCUUCGGUUGCUUCUACAACUCGUGGAGGUGGUAGAAAGACGUCUCUUUUGUUUUCCUCUUGAUUCUGUUGGAUGUUCUUGUUUUUGUUUUGAUUUUUAAUUUUAUUAGGAUUCUAGCUUAAUUUGAGUAAUUUUACAGGCUAGACCAACUUUUUCUGUUGGCACUUUGGU